AUGGCAAGGCUCACUGAUGAUGCCGACUACGAUGACUUCAUUUGUCUCUUUGACGAGUUCGUAUCUUGGUGCGGAGAAUGGCAAGGCUCACUGAUGAUGCCGACUACGAGCUUGGUGCGGCGAAUGGCAAAACUCACUGAUGAUGCCGACUACGAUGCCGGCGAAAACGAGUUCGUAGCUUGGUGCGGCGAAUGGCAAAACUCACUGAUGAUGCCGACUACGAUGCCGGCGAAACGUUUGAGAAUGUAUCAAGAGAAUGGCAAAACUCACUGA